AUGGCAUCUACCCACCCCACAGCAGCAGCAUCUGCAACUUUUACGCCCACCCUAAAACAAUCCAACGUCACCCCCAAGGGCCUCCCACCAAAAGUAACCCUCAUCCUUGCCAUCACGCUCCCAUGCAUCGUCAUCUUAGCCGUAGUAAUGGGCAUCGUGCACUGCAUCCUCAAGCGGCACCGGAAGAAGCUCGAAACCAAUCGUUGCGAGGACGCCGAAGCACAAAUGCCAGUGGCAGUCGCGCCUCCGCAACGGAGCCCACGAUUGCCGAACAUUACUGUCGAUACGGCGGUUCCUUACCAGGCUAGUGUGGCGUUCCCUCCUCCGCAACCCCAGCUGCUUUCCCCCGCACAUGCGCUGGGCAGUCAGAAUGGUGUGCAGGCUAGGACUGCGCGGUUAGCUGGGGCUACAUCUCCUGUUAGUCCGCUCGACGCGAUGCAAUAUCAGCCUAGUGCGAGCCCGCUUAGUCCGAUUUCGGCGCAUGAUCGGUUGCCGGUGCAGCUUUAUGAUCCGGUGGCGCGGCGGACGAUCUACCUUGGCUGA